UUACAGUCUGAGGAAGAAAUAAGUUUUUCCCUUUCUCUGCACCGGCUCCUGAUUUCUGGCCCGCAGCCUCUCUGUUUCUCUGUCCCGUUGCAGAGCUGUGACAGUUCGGCAUCAUGGAGCUCCAUUUUGCGCUCGUAUAUCUCUCCCUGCUUUUACCACUGUGCACAUCGGACAAUAUUCAGAACCAGAACAACCACUAUGUUUUGGAGCCGUUUGAUUAUCUUUUUGACACGGCAGUGGAAGCGUACUAUAAGGGAGACUGGCUGUCGGUCAUCCUCAACAUGGAGAAGGCGCUAAGGAACAAAGCUACUGUCCGCAACGUGAAGGCUCAUUGUCGGAUCAGCUGCGCCAACCACACCGCUUUCGGCGACCCUUUGGCCGGCUUAGGAGUUCCCGUUCCAGGGGCCGGGUCUGUGGAUGACCUGGGCUUCUUCCAGAAAAUCCUGAAACGGGCGGAUUGUGUGAACUCCUGCGAGAGCGAGAAACUGGGUUCCCCUACUAUGCACAAAGUCACUGAAGACGUGGAGCUGGAGUUUAGGAAGAGGAGCCCAUAUAAUUACUUACAAGUCGCCUAUUUCAAGAUCAAUAAGCUGGACAAGGCAGUGGCAGCAGCCCACACGUUCUACCAGGCCAACCCGGAGCACAUGGAGAUGAGACAGAACUUGGAGUACUAUAAGAUGAUGGAGGGAGUGAAGAAGGAGGACUUCAAAGAUUUGGAGGCCAGGCCACAUAUGGCUAGCUUCCUGCAAGGGAAGAGUUUCUACAGCCACGACUCCUUCGGUCUGGCAGCGGAACAUUUUGAAAUGGCCGUAGAUGGGUACUUCACAGCCGAUAAGGAGUGCAGAGCUCUGUGCGAGGGAUCCUACAACUAUGACGGAUACAAUUACAUGGAAUAUAGCGCUGACCUGUUCCAGACCAUGACAGACCACUACAUGCAGGUACUGAGCUGUAAGCAGCACUGCUCUGUGGAGCUGGCAUCUACAGCUGGCAAAGACAAGCCCUUUGAGGAUUUCAUCGCCUCACUCUUCAACUACCUGCAGUUCUCCUACUACAACAGUGAGAAAUACGAGCAGGCCAUAGCAUGUGGCAAAACCUUCCUGUUGUUCCACCCUAAUGAUGAGGUGAUGAACCAGAAUGUGGCAUAUUAUUCUGCUGUGCUGGGCGAGGACAAAGCACAAACCAUAUCAGCCAGACAGGUGGUGAAGCGGUACAUCCAGAAGUCCAUACUGGAGAAAGAGCUGCUCUAUUUUGGAUAUGAAGCUUUUGGCAUCACCUUUGUAGAUCCAGACACAUGGACACCUGAAGACGUCAUGCCCAAGAAACUGAGAGAGAAGCAGAAGGCUGAGAGAGAGACCGCGGCGAGGAUCACGGAGGAAAUAGGAAACCUAAUGAAGGAGAUUGAGACUCUAGUUGAGGAGAAGAAGAAAGAUUCUUCUGAUAUAGCAAAGGUCAUCGUGCCACAGGAAGGUGACGUCGUGUUGCAUGAUAAUAUCAAGAUAACCAUGACGUCCAAGCAGCUGAACGGCUCUCAGCGGGUGCUGCUGGAUGGAGUGAUCAGUGAUGACGAGUGCAGGGAGCUGCAGAACCUCUCCAAUGCAGCUGCACUGAAAGGUGAUGGCUACAGGGGGCGCACUUCCCCACACUCUCCCAGCGAGACGUUCCAGGGUAUCACCGUCCUGAAAGCUGUCAAGCUCGGUCAGGAAGGGGCGGUUCCUCUAAAAAGUGCUCAUCUCUUCUUUGACCUGAGUGAGAGAGUGAAGAAGGUGGUGGAGUCAUACUUCAUCCUGGACACGCCGCUCUACUUCGCCUAUUCCCACCUGGUCUGUCGCUCUGCCAUUGAUGACAAGCAGGAGGACCGCGAGGACCUGAGCCACGCUGUCCAUGCGGACAACUGUCUGCUGGUCUCUGAGCUCAAUGAGUGCAUCAAGGAACCUCCUGCAUACACACACAGAGACUACAGUGCCGUUCUUUAUUUAAAUGGUGACUUUGAAGGAGGCGAUUUCAUUUUCACUGAGUUGGAUGCAAAAACUGUCACGGCCGAGGUUCAUCCGCAGUGUGGCCGUGUGGUCGGAUUUGGUGCAGGGAAAGAGAACCCUCAUGGUGUCAGAGCUGUCACUAAGGGUCAGAGGUGUGCUUUGGCACUGUGGUUCACACUGGACCCUGCUCACGAGGAUAAGGAGAGGAUCCAAGCUCAGGACAUGCUGAAUAUGUUCGCUACACCAGUGAAUGCCGAGUUUAACAAGAAGGAGGUGACCGUCAGCUCAGAGCCCCAACCAGCCGCACCAGAGGCUCCUGCACAGGCUGCCCAGGAGACAGCAGGCGCAAAGCAAGAGGACAAACCUGCAGAGACAAAGGUGGACGUGCAGGUCGACAAACCAGCGGACACACCAAAGGACAAAACAGAGGAGAAACCUGCAGAGACGAAGGAAGACGUGCAGGCCGACAAACCAAAGGACAAAACAGAGGAGAAACCUGCAGAGACGAAGGAGGACGUGCAGGCCGACACACCAAAGGACAAAACAGAGGAGAAACCUGCAGAGAUGAAGGAGGACGUACAGGCCGACAAACCAGCGGACACACCAAAGGAGAAAACAGAGGAGAAAGCAGUCAAAGCGACAGCAACAGGCACUAAAGCCAAAGCUGCUCCGAAAGCAAAGGCUAAAGCUGGAGAGCAGACAAAGGGCAAGAAAGCAGACAAAGGUAAAGCUGCUGUGAAAAAAGAUGCAAAACAGAAGGAUAAAACUCAAACCAAGCAGGCAGACAAAAAGGAGACAAAACCAGCUGUGAAAAAGACAGUAAAGGUCGCCAAAAAGGACUCCAAAUCAGACACAUCAGACUCUCAGAAUGACAAGGUAGAGCUGUGAUGUAACAGCACCUGUGACUCUUGAUUUGCCAUUGUCUAGUUCUUCUUUGUGGGUGCAACUUCGAUUUUAAAUUUGUCUUUUUAAAGUAAUUGGGGUUGUUGGGGGUUGUUGGGGUGGGUGAUAAGAUAUUUUACUGCAGAUGUCCCUCAGAUCAGAUCAGUAUUUUUUAUAUCCAUUUAUUUUGCAAUGGUGCCUAAAUUACUGUAACUGACGUAAUUUGGAGUCUUUUCAUCUCUCGUCAUAUGAGCAGAACUGUUCUGUUGAGAAAGCCCUAAAUCAACUUUGUUGAAUGAAUGAAAUAAAAAGUGAUGUUUCUA